UGUCGCCGCAGUCUGUCUAUGUGUGUGCGUUAGUUAGUCAGUUGUGCCUAUGUGCCUGUGUGUGCGAGUGUCUCGCUUCAUUUUGCCUUUGGUGUCAGUUGAAGAGAAAGAAAACGAAUAGUUCGUCGCAGCUGAGCUGAGCAGAGCGGAGCGCAGUGAACGGAAUAAAGUGUGCUUCAAGUCAAGUUCUAUGUGUUUGCCGGCAUUUUAAUGACGUCACGUCAAGCAGCGCAGUAACAGCCAUAAAGCAAAAGCAACAACAACAACUGCAAAGUCAGCAAAACCACAAAGCAAGAAAAAUAAUAUCCAGUAAAAAGCCCGAAAAAAACGCGUUUCUUCUGCUGUCGCUUGCUCUCUUCUGCCUCCCUCCCUCACUAUUGCUGUCCCGCUCUAGGCCACACUCAGCCUGCUCCGUGCGCGUGUGACUGUGUGUAAGUGUGUGCAAAAGAAGUUACAAAUUCUAACAGCAAACCAAACGAAAUUCGCAACUACAACAACAACAGGAACAGCGGAGAGAAUCGAAUCAAAUUGAAGCGCAUCGCAUCGCAUCGCAUCGCAUCAUCAGCUGCUUCUCAAGAUAAUGUAAAAUCAGCGUAUGCUCAAUAAAGAAAAGCUUAAACACACACACAAAAAAAAAAAAAGAACAACAAAUUAAAACCAAAAAACUGCUAAACUUACAAACAAUAUUCAAGUUAAAGCGUAUUUAUAUUAUAUAAACGUUUGUUCGAAUCAAAAUUAAACUAUAUACAACUCUUAGCCACGAUAGGCUUCAAGUACCCUAAGCUAUUAGCUAUUCCCAAGCUUUGUAAACAAUUAAAAAAAAAAAAGCCAACAAAAUACAAAACAAGAACUCAUGCAAAGCGCUAAACAUCUAUGCUAAAUAUAUAUAUGUAUACCUUAUAUAUAUAGGUGCUGAUCUGUGCUAAGAGCUGUUUAUCAUAAAACAAACGAAAAGUAACCCGAAACAAAACUUGUUGAAAGCCAACGUCAUAAAGUAAAACGCGCAACAUUUCUAGUCGCCAGCUAAGCUACCUAUAAAGUCCCCCAGCUAAAGCAAAAACUAUAGUUAUAUAUACAUACAUAUAUACACAUAUAUAAUACUGAAGAAUUGCUGCUGCGAUGGCCAACGUUGUCAAUAUGAACAGCCUGCUGAAUGGCAAGGACUCGCGCUGGCUGCAGCUGGAGGUCUGCCGCGAAUUCCAGCGCAACAAAUGCUCGCGCCAGGACACCGAGUGCAAGUUCGCCCAUCCGCCGGCCAAUGUUGAGGUGCAGAACGGCAAGGUUACCGCUUGCUAUGACAGUAUCAAGGGUCGUUGUAAUCGUGACAAACCGCCGUGCAAAUACUUUCAUCCACCACAGCAUCUGAAGGAUCAGCUGUUGAUAAACGGACGCAAUCAUCUGGCACUCAAGAAUGCACUGAUGCAACAAAUGGGCAUGGCGCCCGGCCAGCAGGUCAUAUCGGGCCAAGUGCCAGCCGUGGCCGCAAAUCCCUACUUGACUGGCAUACCAGCCAAUACAUACAGUCCUUACUAUGCAACCGGACACCUAGUGCCUACUUUGCUGGGACCCGAUCCGACGGCCGUCGCCUCACAGCUGGGCCCGGUGGUGCCACAGACCGUGCAAGUGGCCCAACAGAAAAUUCCACGCUCCGACAGAUUAGAGGUCUGUCGCGAAUUCUUGCGCGGCGCCUGCAAACGGGCCGAGUCGGAAUGCCGGUUCGCGCAUCCGCAGGAGAGCGUCGCGCGGCACGACGAUGGUUCCAUAACGGUUUGCAUGGACGCCGUGAAGGGCAGAUGCGCACGUGACCCCUGCCGCUACUUUCAUCCCCCCCUGCACCUACAGGCACAAUUAAAAGCGGCCCAAACACGCGCCACCGCUGUCGCUGCUGCAGCUGCGAGCUCACCUCUUACGGCACACCAACAACUAAAUCAACAUCAGCAACAACUGCAGAACCACCUCCACAACAGCAACAAUAGCAACAGCAACAACAACAACAACAACACCAUCCACACGGCCGGCGGCGUCGCUGCUGGCGCAACAACAACAACACCAACAGCAACAACAACAACAAACAACGCUGCCGCUGCCGCUGCUGCUGCCGCCGCCGCCGCUGCCGCCGCUGUUAUGGGUCAUCACACACUGGAAGUGGGCAAGAAGCGGUCAGCGGAUCCUGAAAUGUUUCCACUGCAAUUCUCUGGCAUGGUACCGUUUAAACGUCCAGCUGCCGAAAAGUCUGGCAUUCCAGUGUAUCAACCCGGUGCGACAACCUAUCAACAAUUAAUGCAGCCCUACGUGCCAGUGUCAUCAAACACUAAAAUACCGCCACUAAAUGCUUCCUGUGUUAUAUAUACCGAUGCCAGCGGCCAGUUACUGGACACCCUCCCGGUGUGCCAAGAUUUUAAUAGAUCUAUGUGCAGUCGGUUAAAUUGUAGAUUCGUUCAUUUAACUGAAGAUGACAAGGUCGAGGUGAUUGAUCAACGUGUUGCUGUCUGCCGGGAUCAUGCCAACAGCCAGUGCCGUCGCAAGCAAUGUAAAUACUAUCAUAUACCGAUUGUCUUGCCGCCGGCCAACAUAAUGGCUGCCAUGAUCACCAAUCCCAGUGAGCAGCACCAGCAGCAGGCGGCGGUGGCAACAACAACAGCUGCAGCAGUUGCUGCCGGCUACAACAACGGCAGCAACAACAACUUGAUCAUCAUUGAGCCACAUCAGCAACAGCAGCAACAACAGCAGCAGCAACAACAACAGCAGCAGCAGCAGCAAUACAAUUACAACACCAACUACUAUCACAGCAACUCGAACAAAGCGGCUGUCGCACACCACGCCAGCAACAUCUAUCAACAACACCAACAACAGCAACACAUCACCUAUCACUGCAGCUCACCAUACUCCCCCUCGUCGGCCUCCUCGUCGUCGUCGUGCUCGAUAGCCACAUCGCCCACGCUAUCGUCGGCCACCACGCUGUCCACCACAUCGACGGCAACAAUGCCGACACCGCAGCAGCAGUAUGCUGCCGCUGCCGCUGCAGCACCGGCAGCCGCAUUUCUGAAGGCGCCGGCCUAUUAUACCGACGCCACGCCCACUCUGGUGCUGAGCAGCGACUACAACUCGAACUGCAUACCGAUACAGGCAGCGCCCUUCAUCUCGCUGCCGCAGCAACAUGUACUUAAGUACACAGCAACACCCCAACAGCAGCAGCAGCAACAGCAACAACAGCAGCAGCAGCAUCAGCAUCACGGCCUGAUCCACCAUCAUCAUCAGCAGCACGCCUUUGUGGGUCACCAUUACCCGGUGGUGGCAACCACAGUGGCCGCCCUGCCAGCCACCACAAUCACCGUGACGCCGGCCACCAUAGCCGCGCCCUCGUCCUGCAUCUAGAGCAGACACACAAUAAAUAAAUAAAACGUUUUGAUGCAAAUUAAAGGUUGAUAUGAACUAUUUACAAGAGCAACAAAAACAUUAUGGGGAAAUAUUGAAAACCGAAAACAAACCAGAAAAUAAAUUAUAUAUAAAUAUAUAUAUAUAUUGAGAAAUCUACAGAACUUUUUCGUACGUAUAGCAAGACUUUAACGUAAGCGAGUUGUUGUAAGUAUUCGAUUUACAGACGAGAGAAAAUAUUGAGUGACAGCUCUACAAUAUUAGAAAGCCCAAGAAAACAAAAAUGUUUAGUGUUGUUAAAUGAAAACAAAUUGAACUUAGCAAUUAAAAGAAAAAAAUGAAAAUUGAAAAAAAUUUAUGUAUAAGCAUAUAAAUGAAUGAAUAUUGAUAUGAAACCAAAAUGGGAAAACGCAGUUGCAUUAAAAUUAGUUACAAACUAUUUUAAACUCUAGUGUUCCAUAUUUCAAUGCAAAAAAAUACAAAUAAACAUAAAUAAUUAUGAAUAAUACAAAAUAAGAAAACAUUUAGUGGGGAGUGUUAAGCCUACAGGAGAAAUCUACAAAAGUUUACAUUGCAAAUAGUCAAAAUUAAUCAAAACGAAAGAAAUUCAUAGGCCAUAGUUAGGCAACAACAACCGAUACGAGUAACAAAUUAAUAACAAACAAAAAUAAAUAAAAAUAAAAAUAUAAUAAGUACAGUCACGUCCUAUUUUUGCAACAACGAUUUACUACAAAACAGUUAAGAAAACCGAAUAAAACAGAGCAAAAACAGAAAGCAGAUGCAUCGCAAACCAUUUCAAAGGGUUUUUUUUUUCUUUUUGUCUAAAUGCAAGAAAAUGAAACGAAACCAUAUUCCUUUUUUUACAUUUUAUAAACAAGCGCAUCAGCAAACUACAGAAGAAUAAA